AGCGCCCAUUUACUCAGACUGCACCGACAUACUAGAUAGCGUGAAUAGAAGCAUAGAAUCCAUAGAUGUUGCAUCUGGGAGGCUAGCUCUGACCCCAAAUCAGCACAGCACUGUCAUGUCUCCAGAUCUUUCAUUCAUUGCAGCUCCUAUGGUCAAUCAAUCAGACUUUCCAUUUCGCCGUAUCGCUGCCCGAUACGGUGCAACAACUGUUUACACACAAAUGCUAUCACCAGAACGACUAAUCCACGACCAAGAAUAUCUCGAAUCCCAUCGCAGGGACUUGCAAUAUCGCGUCGAAGAGUCAGUCUCUACAGUGGUACAACUCUGUGGUAAUAAUGCAGAGGAGAUCGUCGAAGCAGGCAGGAAGAUUCAAGACCUUUGCGAUGCAAUCGAUCUGAACUUGGGCUGUCCUCAAGAAGUAGCCAGAGAUGAGCAUUUCGGAGCAUACUUGUUAGGACAAAAAGACUGGCCCAUCGUUGAGAAUAUCGUAUCUUGCAUGGCUCAGUCGUUCAUGGUUCCCGUUUCGACAAAGAUCAGACUUUGCCAACCAUCCACUAAAACUGUCGAGUUUGCGGAACGACUUCAGGCAUCAGGAUCUUCUUGGAUCACACUGCAUGCGCGUACGGUAUCAUCACGCCGCCGUAGACAAGGAGCUGCAGACCUGUCCGAGGUCAAGAAACUAAAGGAAUCCGAGAGGCUCACCAUUCCCGUUGUCAGCAACGGUAACGUUCGGGUAUUUGAUGAUCUCGCAAAGAACCUCGAUUACACUGGCGCUGACGGUUUGAUGGUUGGAGAAACACUUUUGGGUAAUCCUUGCCUAUUUUCGAAUGAUGCUCUUCCUGAUCCUGUGGAUAUCUCUCUCGAAUACUUGGAUAUCUGCCGUCUAUACCCGGGAGUAGCAACUUUGAAAACUAUUCAAACCCAUAUCCGCCAUUUCAUAGAUUUCCAAUGUACACGCCGGCCUUGGUUCAAGAAACUACGUGUCGCGUUGAAUGCAUGUACAGACUUGGAUGAUAUCGAGCAUCUGUUACGGGUCAAGGUCCCACGAUGGCGAGACAUGACUAUGAAAUCCGCUAAAGAGGGUUCGGAAGAUGAACGGGAUGGUAUCGAUAUGGAAGAUUCUGGCGUAUUGUGGCCUCUUCCCCCAAAUUAGAGUCCCCAAUCUAUUUGUUUUCAUCUUGCCUGAUUUUCGUUAAAAAUUUCAUACGUGAUGAAGAUCCUUGUUUCUGUAUCAGUAGCACGGCAGUAAUUACAAAUUUUACUCCAAUAAAGCCACUUCCCUCAUCUGGCACAUGCGGAC